ACAAACCCUGACGUCACUUCCGGUGUCAGUUUCUGAGCCCGGUGUUCUCAGUCAGCUGUCUGCAGCGUUCAAGACCUCUUUCUGCCUGAACGUGGUCCGGAUUUGAUCUGGACCAGAAGCUGCGAUGACGUGACAUAAUAUCUCCAAUAUAAAGCAUAAGAACACUGUAACCGGACUAACACCGACCCGGGAUCUCCGGGACCAUGAGCGGUGUGUCGAUGAAGAGGGUCUACACGGAGCUCCCGGUGUGGGUUGUGGAGGACCACCACGAUGUGGUGUGUCACAUCUACCGAGCCAUCGCGUCCAGACACCUCCCGGUGAAGAACAUCAAGAUGGUUCAUCUGGACUCCCACCCGGACCUGCUGAUCCCCGUCAACAUGUGCGCAGACACGGUGUUUGAGAAGGAGAAGCUCUUCAGUGAGCUGAGCAUAGAGAACUGGAUCAUGCCCAUGGUGUACGCCGGUCAUGUGUCCUGUGUGGCCUGGCUUCAUCCGUACUGGGCUCAGCAGAUCAGGGAGGGGGAGCACAGGAUGUCUGUGGGACGUGACUCUUCCACCACCACCAUCAGGGUGACAAGCACCGACCACUACUUCCUGAGUGACGGUCUGUACGUGUGUGAGGAGCAGCUGGAGAACUCCAAACCUCUCCGACUGAACGUGGUCAAAGUGAACCCGGUCAGAGAAGGUCAAAGGUCGGGGACAGGACAGAAACCAGCCGAGGGCUCAGAGAGACACUUCUCAAAGAGACAGAAGACAGACUGGGGGGCCGCUGAGGAGGCCGGCUGCUCAGAGACCCUCUUCACAUGUACAGACACGUCACAGCCAGCAGGGGGCAGCACAGAGUCAGGUCUGAGCACUGAGGGGGCUGAUGAUGAAGAAGGAUCCCCUGGUUAUGUAGUGAAGAGAUUAUCAACGAUGCUGAGCGAGGCCGAGCCGUACGUCCUGGACAUCGAUUUGGAUUUCUUCUCCUGCAAGAACCCCUUCAAGGAGCUGUACACACAGGAGGAGUACGACAUCCUGAAGGUCCUCUACAACUUCAGAGGACCCGGACCCGACGCCUCUGAGGAGGAGCUUGGCGAGUGUGUAGAUUUUCGUGUCCGUCAGCUAGAAGACUUGGAGGCAGCGUUUGCUGAUCUUCUGGAGGAUGAUGGAGAGGAGACGGUGACACGCUGGGCCAGUAACCCCGGCAUGUCUUCAUUAGCCCGACUGAUCUCCAGCCUGAAGUCCAGAAACACAACCCCUGACUAUGAAAUGGUCCAUCAGGCGGGAUUGACUUGUGACUCGAUGGAGCUGCCUCAUCACGUCAGCUCUGACGAGGAGAUCGACAGACUCGUGUCCGCUGUGCAGCUGUUUCUGAAGACUCUGCCUAAACCCACGCUGGUUACUAUGUCCAGGUCCAGUCUGGACGAGUACUGUCCAGUAGAGCAGGUGGAUUCAGUCCAGAGCAGAGUACUGGCUGUACUGGAGGGUCUGUAUGGACCGCUGGAUCUGCACAAAGACUACGAACACAGCAGCGCAGAAGCUCAGGCCUGCCAACCACAGGCCUCCUAACAGACACACACACACACACACACACACACACACACACACACACACACACACACACACACACACACACACACACACACACACACACACACACACAUUGCUACAACAAAGUCUGAAGUAAAUGAAAACCUCAUGUCAGAUGGAGCUUUUUUGAAAGCGGUUAGUCAUGAACACUGUGCGAUGCGUUCACUUCCAUCCAGGAAGAAACAGGACUGCGUACAUGCACUGAAGGAGCAGAGUUACAUUAGCGAGCGCUCUGCUGUCUCUGCUCAUACUCAUUUUGUGUUUCAGUUUUCACGUUUGGUUGACAUGUUUCAGACCGGACUGCAGAGAGUGAAACAAACAAACAAACAAACAGUGAAGGGUGCUUAUGUCCAACACAUCCACUCCCACAGCAGAUAUCUCCUCAGUUUUCGUGUACUUGUCUGGAUGAUGUAACAUUUUCAAUAAAUGAGAGAAGUGAAGAA